CGCGCAUUUAUCCGCUUCACUGAAAGGAUGUAAAGAGCUCUGGAGUCUUUCUACAGUGCCUAGUGGUCAUAAUUAAACAUAUAGACUUGAAUAAUUAUCAUUAAUUGACGAUGAGUUUACAGAAAUGCGCGUUUUAUCCUCCCGUGGAUCAACACUGAAUGGAUUUGACCUGAAUAGCCGUUAUAGAGAAAUGCAAACGGAAAGCGGCCUAGAAUAAACACUUUAUGUAUCUCAUCUCUGGCGAAAUGUGAAAACCGAGCCGUGGUUUUGAUUCCUCAGCACUGAAAGUCGGUGCAGCCUGAACUGGACAUCUUGCAUUGGAGAUUUUGUCCUUUCACUGGAUCUAAUUUAACACACUCAGCGUACAUCCAUACCCCGUAUAAUGGUAAAAAUGGUCGGGUAUAGUGUCAGGAUAUGCAAAGCUCACUUCGGGAAGCGAGGAGGCCAUUUGGGGUUUAUCCAUUACCUCCUCAUUAUAGUCUUCUGUGGCUCCCUGCUUGCUUUCCUCUACGUUGACGUCAUUGAAUUAUGGGUGACUGCGCUGGGGAUGAGCCGAGCAGAUGGUCCUCACGGGGUGAUUCUUCCACACAGUGUUCCUCCAACCCGAUCCGAGGAGUUCUUGCUGAUGCCCAGCAUCCACGUAUGCGAACGUGCCAAACCCUACCUCAUCACUUUAGUAGCAACGGCACCUCCUAAUAGAAAGGCUCGACAGGCAAUCCGGGACACUUGGGGUGGGGAAGUGCACGUCAGAGGGCGCCGGGUCAUGACUCUCUUCGUUGUAGGUCAACCAACAGACCCGGUUAUUGGAAAAGAGCUAAUCGAAGAAUCGAAAGAGCGUGGGGAUCUAAUACAAGGCCGCUUCACCGACACAUACACCAAUUUAACACUUAAAACACUGUCUAUAUUAGGAUGGGCGCGCCGUUUCUGUCCACAGGCUCACUAUGUCGCUAAAGUAGACGAUGAUGUGAUGUUCAACCCAAAUGCGCUGCUUCAAUAUCUCAACCUUAGCUUUAAAAGAGACGAAAGCGAGCUGAUUGAACUUUAUUUAGGUCGUGUUCAUAUGCAGGUUGCACCCGAUCGCAAUCCCGCCAGCAGACACUUCAUGUCAGAGACGGCAUACGCUGGGAUGGUCCUACCGGAUUACUGCAGCGGGACGGCGUAUGUGCUUUCUCGCUCAGCUCUGCUAAAGCUGUCCCUAGCAGCGGUUAACAUAAACCUACCCAAACCUUUGCCUCCGGAGGAUGUGUUUGUAGGGAUUUGUGCUCACACCGCAGGAAUCACACCGACCCAUUCUCCAUUCUUCUCUGGAGGACCGGCAGUACCGUACAGUCGCUGCUGCUACCAAACGAUGGUGUCCGUCCACCAUACCACACCAGCUAAUAUGCUGAACUACUGGACGGACAUGCACUCCACUGCCCCGUGCUCAUGGUUGGGUGUGCGGACGUCUCUAGGUGUCUGUAAAGUAAGAGCACUUCUUGGGACACUGUUAAGGAAGGAAUGAGUGAGCCCGAAGCAAAGUGGAAAAAAGCACACGCAAGAAUAUCCGCUUGUCAAGUCGUGACGUAUGAAAAAGCUCCAAGCCGCUACUCAUUUGAAUUGAGACGAUAUUCGUUUACUUUAUAGUCAUAUCACACUUUAAAGGGCCCAUAGUUUACCUCUUUUUUCUGAUUUAAUAUUAAUAUUCUGGUUCUUCUGAGUGUGCCAGUUUAGCUUCAGUUUAAAACACAAUUCAGAUUGUUUUAUUAUAAUGUGUUAAACAGUGUCAUGUUGGGGGCGUGUCCACAGCUCGCUGAUUUAUGGAUGUGUUGCUUCACAUGUAAAUUAGUUUCGGCUUCCCACCCAAUGUAACAAGGGGGCGGGGCCAUGACCCGCUCUGUGUUUGCAACACAGACAGGCAGAUUGAAAGGAGGAAGAGAAGAUCAGCAUUCAGUCGUACAUGUACGACUCGGACAAAGACCAAGCAGAGAGUACAAAAUCAUUUGUGUCUUUGUACAGUUUUACAGCCAACUGUGUGCUAGUUUCAAGUGCCGAGCUUGUACACAGAGACUAAUAACCACGCACACUGAUUUAACUUUAACUGAGGCACCGGAUGCGCCGCUUGAAGCCGCGACACGGCACACCAGACACUCUCUGUGGCGCGUCAGAGACAUGAAGUGUCCCGAAUCGUCACGCCGCGCAUUUUUGAAUUCUAAACAUCGGUUUCUGCAGCGGUCCGCGGCGCCCAGCCGUCGACUUGAGUGUACCCUGAUAGAAACCGAUGUUUAGAAUCCUAAAACGCAUGCUAGUUAAGAUCACAGGGAGCUUCUGGGAUCGCGAGAAAUGCAAACGGCUGAAGUAUAAGGUAGACUCAAUGAGAAGUACACAUGUUUGCAAACCUACCUAAAGAUACAACCAAUAAUUCCGAUUAGAGCGAUAAUGUGGAGAAUAUUGAUCUUGUGUUGAGCCCAAUGAGCCUUGCAUCUAAAAAUAGAGCUAGCGUGUUCCUUUAGUGAAAUCGCUUCCACUCACGCUGAAAAUGGCGGACGUGAAUCAACAAACUGAGGAUAUGAUGACGCGCCUGUCAAUCAAUAUUGGUGGGCCGGGGGGACCGCUCUCCUACGUAAAGUUGCGGUCGGUUUGAAAACCGCUCCAAUUGGUCCACCGUUUUUUAUGUUGUUAAAUUGAAAAAAAAGCACUGGGUGUGCUUAUAUCACCCCAAUAUGACGGUCUAUACACCAUACAUGCACAUAUGUCUGCCCAAACAGCUUGAACAGUAGAUUUAUUACCAUAGGUGCCGUUUAAAGUGAAUUGUAUAUAAAAUCAUGGUGUACAAAACAGUUUCAAGACAUGCUGCAUCACAGACAUCAAUAUUAGAGCAGUUUAUUAAAAACUAAACCGUUUCUGGCCCUCUAAUAUUAGGCAUGGACAUAUAGAUAUUGCGACUGUGAUUUUCGAAAGUAUUACAUCGCUUUGUAAACGUUUAUUAAUACCAUUUAUUGAGCCUCACCGUACAGUUUGAUAGAGCGCUUGGAUCCAGAAGCUGAUUUGUGUGACGUCACACUUAACAAGCGGAUUCUUUGGUUUCAAACAUGCUAUGCACUACAAUUUAUGUGAAGAUUACACAGCGGAUGCCCUUCCAGCUGCAGCCUAUCACUGGGAAACACCCAUACACACUCAUACACUACAGCCAAUUUAGUUAAUCAGUUCCCCUAUAGCACAUGUGUUUGGGCUGUGGGGAAAACCGGAGCACCAGGAGGAAACCCACACCAACACGGGGAGAACAUGCAAACUCCACAUAGAAACGCCAACUGACCCAGCCGGGACUCGAACCAGCAACCUGUAGACAAUGUAGAUUGUCAAAGCAGCUUAACACAGAAGUUCUAGUAGAUUGAAGCUGUGUCAGUCCAGUGUUCUGAGUUUAGCUCAGUUCAGUGUGGUUUAAUAUUCACUGCUGAAAGUCCAAACACUGAAGAGCAAAUCCAUCAAUACGCAGCUCUACAAGUCCCAAACCAACAGUGGAGGAACAAACUUCACCAAUUGAUGAAAGUGAAAGAAAAAAACUCGAGAGAAACCCGGCUCAUACACUAUCCUGCCCAUACACUACAUUAGAAAUCCCUCACUGAAGUGUUAACUAUUUUGUUUUGUAUUUGAAGCCAAUAUGUAGCCCUAUAAGCUGUAUAAGCAUACACAUGUUACUUUAAUAAACACUUUCCUUUAUUUAA